CAGCGCAUCAUCGAGCUCCGUCAACUAUCCAUUCUCAUCAAUAACGUUGCCAUCAAAUUUUUCUCCUUAAACAAUUCGAAGUACGAAAAAGAUGGGAGCUUCGCAAUCCAAAAAUCUAGCAAAAGCUUCUAAAGCAGCCUCUUUGUCAGCUUCAAAUACUGCACGCAAAUACCCAACUCGAACCCCGCCGCCUUCAUCUCCCCGCACAAAUGUAGAGUCAAGUCAACCAAGUACUUCCGCAAAAUUGGGGCCGACUGUUCAUCCAGAACCAAGCUCCUCAUCUGAAAAGAACCAAUCAAUAAGCUUUGAUGCCUCCGAUCCAGAUAUUGGUCUCAAUUCUCGCCUUCGUGAAUUAGGUCCUGUUACACCUUCACCUACUCUCUCUAAUUCAUCUACAUUCAAUCGAGCCUCAGCACAAGAUCCCAUCACAUCCGGCAACAAUUUUAUCCCUUCUGCUUCCACACCUUCGCAAUCGAUAUUUCCAACCGCAAAUAAUCCUGCGGUUACCCUUCUGGCGGCGAGAUCCAGAAUAGCAGAAGAAGCAGAGAGGGACUUCGAGAAAAUCGGCAGGAAGGGAUUCCAGGGUAGGAAGUACCUGGAUGUUGCGACUAUUCGAACAGUCCUGGUUUGCAGGUCUGAGGGCAUGCCUGAUUCCGAAAUUGAGCAGAGAUUGGAACUUAGACGUGGUAUUGUAAAGAUUCUGGGAGGGAAUGUUGUGAGUGUUGCAGGUGUAUAAUUCGAGGGAUGAGAGAAAUCCAACAUUCAGUUGGAACUCCGAAAACAAGCCUACAGUGGCGAUAUAAUUCCAGCCACAUGGUAGACAUUACAACCUGUCUUCGACUGUUCUAUUAUAUGCUUCAAAUAGAUACGAAGUCAGUGUACAGUAUAAUGAAUCAUGAAAGGGCUGGUGAAAAGGAAUGAUCGACAUUCUAGAAGGUGUAUUAGCCACUGUAGGCAGAGAUAUUGUAUCGUAUGUCACCAAAGAAGACUGCCUAGUAAGGGACAGCAAAGCUCUGGGAAAGAACCAAGACUCUUUGCUAGAAAAAGCCUAUGAGUUAUGUGCUAUAUGCUAUGUGCUUUGAUACCCUUUAAAGAUUGUCACUACCAAGACUUGAGCAAUUCAUCACGGAUUCGGGCUCGACAUGGUUUCAUUUAGAAUAUUGGCUGGGCAUGUUUCUUGUCAUUUAUGACCUGUUGCCCUUGGGAAUUCUAAAAUCAAUGUAACUGCUCGUGGAUAAUAAGUACU